GAAUGACCCGUGUUUGGUGCCAGAUCGGUUUGAAACCUACCUCUUCCCUGACCCCUCCCCCCCCCCGCGGUGGUGCACAUAACCGUAGCGGUAAUGCAGCAACCUGAUUUAAUUGAAAUCGGUGGUGAAUCUAGUAACAGAAAAACCACGCUGGCCGGAGAUGAUGCCCGUAACCACGCCGGGCACAAGAGAGUGUCAGUGACAGUAGGUAACAGCUCUGUGCUCAUCUGCUCUCCCAAACCAAAUAUGACUAUGGCAACAUGGAAAAUAAACCCCAAGGCUGGAGGCCCCUGCAGCCUGGGAUACAGGGCUGACCAGAACAAGACAGACAGAACAAACUGCAGUGAGAGCAUCAACUGGAAAUUCAGACCAGAUCAGGAUCCUACCCUUGAGAUACAGCAAGUGGGAAGAGCCCAUGAGGGAAGUUACACCUGCGAAGUAGUAGUAGCAGAAGGGAUUUUCCACACGUCAUACUACCUGACUGUGCUGGUCCCCCCGAGGCUGACCCUCUACUGUGAUGAUCAAGGGAACCCCGUGUGCGAGGCAGCGGCAGGGAAACCGGCUGCUCAGAUCUCGUGGGUCCUAGAGAACAACUCCACCCCCAAGGAAGAAGGCCAUGACGACGGGACAGUGACUGUUCUCAGCAAGUUCACAGCAUACAGCACCAAUGGGACAACCUGCAUUGUGUCCCAUCUGGCUGGGAACUGGAGCAAGUCCAUAGCCUGUCAUCCCACAAAGAGUAGUACACGGUUUCUUCACUGUGUCAUCAGCCUUGCUAGUCUCCUGAGCCUCCUGUUUCUGCUUGCUGUUCUUCAUCUCUACACCUUCUGGGACAGCAGGACAAUGAGAAAACAGUACAAGCCAAGGCCUCUUCCAUCUGCAGAGCUGUCUGGGCCUCGUUCAAACUCAGCACCUGAGCAGUGAUGAAAGAAACUCUCA